AUGACACCUCAACCACUGCGACCAAUUUCCUACCGGAAUGACCCGCUGGGUACGAUUGGUUGUACGGGCCCAGUUCAUUCCGAAUACAAUUUCCUGGCAAAAGGCAUCCCAAACGAGAAUGACCCAAGACCGAACUCAGUCACGAUUGACCCGGUCGCAUUACAUCUUCCUUGGAGAAGCUCCUUCCCCGCAGCGCGACAGUGCCGAUUCUGGAGCGAGGCAGAAAAUGCCGGCAAGGCACUCCUCCAACAGAUCAAGCGGAUCAACCGUGCAAACAGCACCAAGGGUGGUUCGGCCAAGAUUGACAUGAAUGAAGAGGAGAUAGAGCUCUCGAACAAAGAGGUGGAGCGAAUCGUGAACGCGUCGAGCGCGGCCGUGUAUAUGAACCCCAACUGUUCUUGCGAGGAGAUCGAGAUUAUCUCGCAGCUUAACCUGAUACUCUGGAUCCAUGAUGACAUCCUCGAGUCGUCGGAUUCACCACACGAGAGUGCAACGAUCAUCGAGAAAGUGACGGCGAGCUGGGCCGACAUUCUUGCUCACCCAUAUAAAUACGCAGCAAACUCUUCAGAUAUGUUUGUUUGCUUGGCUCAACAGAUGCUGCGCAUCGACGGUCAAGGGGAAGGGCUUAUUCGGGGAUACCUAACGUGGAUGGCAUUCAUGCGGUCGACAAUGCGAGAUCAGUUCACUUCCCUCAGAGACUAUCUCGACUACCGGGCGGUUGACAUCGGACGAGACUACAUCCUGGCCGCCGUGAAGUUCGGCAACGGAAUCCACCUCUCAUCCGCUGAGGAGACACCGCUAGCCCCGUUGAUCGCACUGGCCAUGGAUCACAUCAUCAUGACCAACGACCUGUUCUCCUACGACAAGGAGCGACGCGACUCCGAGACGUGCGCGAACGCGGCCCGAUAUCUGGAGCAGGUCCUCGCCAUUGACGCGGGUUCCGCCAAAACACUCAUCAGCGGCCUGCUCACGCAGACAGAAGGUCGGAUCCAUGCGGAGCUGGAGAGUUUGUGUCGUUCGGGUGCGCUGAGCGAGGCGCAGAUCCGGUACGCACGGGGUGUGAUCGAAGCAGCGGCGGGCAAUGUGGUUUUCUCCAUCACCACGCGGAGAUACAGCCCUAUUGGGGCUGGCCACGCCAGUGCGACGAAAGGUUGA